UUUAGAUUGAAUGUCACGUGACGCUGAGUUUUAACCAAUCACCGAGCAAGCAUCCACUAGCACUUCCACAUGUGCACCAAACAGAGUUGCCCGGGGCAACGUGGCGCGACAACUCGCCUUUAUUUUUUACUACACUUGCCUAUUUGUUUAUCAGCCACUCUGCGAACAAGGCUGCUUCGUUUUCGACGUAUCUCUGCCGUACUGUGUCGUAUUUUCCAUCGGUUUUCAGUCGAUUUUCGUAAACAUGUGUGCUGGUGACGACGGCUGGUGCCACUUGUUCACGUUGUGAACCUCCACUUUCCUCCGGGCACUGGGUGAAGGUCUUACCGCCGUGAAAGUGUCUCCGCUUCAUCGUAUACAGCAGCCAUGUACAAACUAUUCAACAGAGGUGCUGUGGAAACACCCAAAACUCUUCCACCGCCCAAGGUUGCUGCCUUAGUCAAUGUGGAGGAAGAGCCACCUGUGCAGAUGAUCCUGCUGCCUUGCCCGAUCUGCUUCAGGACGUUCAAGGUGGAAUCGCUGGAGAGGCACAAGAAUGUCUGCCAGAAGGUUGGCACCAAGAAACGCAAAGUCUUUGACUCGGCCAAGCAGAGACUGGAGGACCUGCCAGACGUGCCCAAAGUAAGCUUAUCACCACAGCAACAGCAACAAAAGGUUCUGUCAUCACCUCUGGUCAGACGGUCAAUGUUGGACACUUCAACCUUAAGCAAAAAAAUCCCUCCUUGGAAGGAAAAACACCUCAGUCUGAUUAAAACUGUUCGACAAGCGAGGGGUGCCGACUCAAAUCGAUGUCCCUGCUGUGAAAGGAAUUUCGGCGACAAGGCAUUCGACAGGCACGUGGAGUGGUGCAGGGAACAGCAGUCACGAAUCCCUAAAUCUCCGACCAAUUCCGAAGCCAAAGAACGAUGGGAAGCGCGUACCAAAUACCAAGCCCCGCUAUUACGUCGUUCGAUUCGCUCCAAGUAUUCACCUACUAGGAGCUUGUUUAGCACGUCAGGCAGUCCUGCUCCAUCAGUUGAUGGCCGACUGACAGCCCCAGACUGCGCCCAAAGUUUGAGCGGCAGUCGGGCGUCGUUGGAUUCGCGAGCGUCGUCUACGUAUUCAUACCAACCGACCAGCACGUUCAGUCGCAGUUACAAUAACUAUAACAAUUACAGCAACAACAAUAAUAACAAUAACAAUAAUAGUAUCAGCAGUCAGAAGAAAAAUUUGUACAAUAGCAAUACGUUGGGUCGGGCCAGCGGAAGUGCUUUUUUGCGUCAUAGCAACGACCGUCGCUCGCUUCGCGUCUCGCCUCCGUCUCCGCCACCCAUUCGUCGCGUUGUCGAACCGCCGCCCGUCCGGCGUGUCGUCGAUCCGCCGGUGGCAGUCACUUUGACUCCACUCAACAAUAACCGGACGUCAGCGCUGAGAGCUAGUCUGAGAAUGAAGAAUCCGUUUACAUCUAUGGCCAGUUCUUUUCAAUCCAAUCCCACUCCAACGAAACCGACAGUAGUCCGACAACCGACACUGGUUGCCCCAGCGUCUCCUUCGGCAGCGACCAAGCGUCCGACUGUGUUGCAGUUGUUUACAUCAGCAUUCAGCCGACCAAGUCCAGUAGCGCCGGCCAAGAAUCGUGGCAAUACGGCAACUUCGAGUCUCACUGUUGGACAGUUGGGUCAGGGAAGGCGAUCAGAACCAGAGGGUGUCGAAUCGAAAUUGAUGACUGGCAGUUGUUACAAUUAUUCAGUGCCAAGUAAAAUGAAAUCUAGCAGAUCCACUCCUAAUCUUGGGAAGCGUUUGGUGGCUGGUACCUGUAUUCUCCCUAACAAAAUCCGCCCAUUAACUUAUACAAAACAAGCGAGAAGGUUCGGGAGUGACAAUUACAAUCCAUAUUUGUCAGCUGAACGCCAGAUGGCUGAACUCUUUGACGAUCGUCCGAAAAAAGAGCAAUUAACGAAAGAGCACAAGAUGACCGAUGAUUUGACCCCGACCUCCACUAGUAGCAUUAGCAAUACUAGCACGACGACCAAUCAACCAGAUGAUACGGCCAGUAUGGAGCAGCUGGAACAGGAUUUAAAGAGUAUCCUGUCUGAAAUCAGUCAGCUGGGCCAAACGAGUACCCAUGAAAGGGAGACCAGCUGGCAGAAUAAAAAAUCUGCUGCCAUGACACCGUCCGUUCGGUUAUCGACUGCCGGCAACAAUCCAUCAACAAUAUCGCCCAGUACGACUUGCGUUGCGGCAGACGGACAAUCAAUGGAGGAAGAAUCGAAACCAGUUCCAAAAUUUUGCCAUUCGUGUGGCGCCUCUUACCCUGAACGCCAUACGGUCAAAUUUUGCUGCCACUGCGGUGCUCGCCGACUUUAUGUUUAAAAAAAAGAAAAGGCCAAGGGCAUUUCUGGAGUCCCAUUCAUUUCUUAUUUUGUUAUUUAACAAUUAUUUUUGUUUGGUUUUUAACCCCCAGAUUCCUACUAAUCUGAUUCACGGGGUGAAGGUGCAAAAAGGGGUUGGAAACAACAAAGAGACCACGCCCAUUGAUUUUAUCCCAUUCGUUUUUUUUUUAGAGCAUUUCUCUUUUUAUUGAUUUGUUUUUUCAUUGUAUUAUUUACCUUUUUGCUGCUAUUACUGUCCAAUUUGUCAGCGUAUAACUUGUUUCCGUCCCUCCGACAACAAACGGUAAAGUUCUUUAUUUUGAACCACCGCUUUUGUGGUCCGCAUUUUUUUGCUGAUACAAAGUAAACAUAACACGACCGAACGCGUGAAAAUGUGCAACCAACAAAAUUAUGACAAAAUGUAACAACAUUUUCUGCCGUUAGAUGGCAGAACAACGGCCUUAAUCAAACUUGUGUUUUUGUAUUCGUGUGUGUGUCUGUGUGUGUAUAACGGACCAAAUUUUUUGUUCGCCUUUGUUUGUCAAGCUGCCUUCUACCAAUUGUUUCUUUUUUUGUUAAUCAUUUGAAUAAUGCAAAAAAAUCAACUUUUUAUUGGAAAA